GUUGCCAAAUUGUGGCUUUUUUUGUUAAUGUUAAAAUGCUCUGCUUUUGUAGCAUGGACUAUGUGUAGCGAUCACAAAACUUGUGGCGAUUGCAUUAAGGAUUCUUUACAAUGCCAGUGGUGUGCAAUGGAUGAUUACAAUGCUACUAAUAGAUGUAUAGCAGCCAAUGAAACUUUCAACAAAUGCGAUUUGUUUGAAAACCCUCAAAGUGAACAAACAGUAUCUUUAAACAACAAUUACAGCUCUGGUAGUAACUCCACGGAGACAAAUGUUACCAUAACACAAAUAAGACCUCAGAGUUACUCCAUUAAACUACGUCCAGGACAAAGCGUAGAUUUCAAAAUAAACUUCAAAAGCGCUACGGAUUAUCCUGCCGAUUUAUACUUCCUCGUUGAUUCUUCGUCAUCGAUGAAGCUAAUUCAUAAAGCGAUUAUUGAUGCCAGCAAAGAAAUCUACGAGAAAAUGCGAAGCAAGACCAAAAACGUUUACAUAGGAUUGGGAUCGUUCAUUGACAAGAAUACAUUACCUUUUAUAACGAAGAUUGAUAAAGACAAUCCAAUUUCAUCAUACCGACACCUCUUAAGUUUAACUACAGAUUACAAAGAAUUUCAGACAGCGGUUACUAAUAUGAGUAUUAGCAAAAAUGUUCGCGAUGAUGGGUUCACUUCAGGUGGUUUUGAUGCUCUUGCCCAGGCAAUGGUUUGCACCGACGAAAUUGGAUGGAGAAAAGAUUCAACAAAAAUAAUAAUAUACAUGUCUGAUGCACUAUUUAGUAUUGCUGGAGACGGGAAAGCAGCAGGCAUCACGCAGCCCUACGAUGGCAAAUGUUACACCAAAAAUGGUACAUAUACAAAAGAACUAGAAAUGGACUUUCCUUCCAUAGGAAUUAUUCGCAAAUUAGCAGCAGAUUCUGACAUGACAAUCAUAUUUAUUGUCGAUGCGGCUAAUGACAUUCAAGAAAAAUACAUACAGCUGACAAAACCUAUUAAGAGAUCUAAACAUAAGUAUUUUCAAAAGUUCCUUUUGGGUGGUGCACCAACAGCCCAAUUUGAAGGCACAAUAGAAAACACUUUGUCGGAUAUUUACGAGAACAUAACACGUACUUUAAAACUUAAAGACCAUAUGACGGCGACAGACAGAAAGUUUAUAGAGAUUAAAUACAAUCCAGAUUGCACCAGCAAACGAUCUGACAACGAUCCUUACUUAAAAAGCUACUGUACAGUGUUACAUGAUAAAGAAAAUACGCUAACUGGAACUAUUUCUCUUUCAAAAUAUUAUAAAGAGGAUCGAAUAUCCGUCGACAUCGCAAUUGAAGGCAUUAAUGAAAGGUUAACAUUGGAUGUUCAAGUUAUCAAUUGUGAUUGUGCAAAACGACCGGAAGCCAAAUCUAAAUAUUGUUAUGGAAAUGGGACUAAAACAUGUGGAACAUGCCACUGCGACCCAGAUCGAUAUGGUUCAAAAUGCGAGUGCAUGAAGAACAACAAUACUCUUGACGACAACGCGGGCUGCAAAAGUCCAGGAUCUGAUUUGCUGUGCAGCGGACGCGGCAUCUGCUCCUGUGGAAUCUGUGAAAAAUGCUCCCAAGGGUUCAACGGUAAAUUCUGCCACUGCAGCGAUCUCAGCUGUACCCACAAGUGCUACGAGCGCGGCGUGUGUGACUGCGGCAAGUGCAAGGACUGUCAAGGCUCCUGGACAGGGGACGACUGCAACUGCUCCAAGCUUCCUUGCCAAAUGAUUAACGGAAAAGAAUGUAAUGGCCGCGGUAAAUGUAAAUGCGCUGAAUGUGAGUGUGAACCAAUUGACUCAUUAUGGGAUGCCCGCCGCUCGCAAAACAAAAAUAAUUGCAAAAUACACGAAUGUGCCGACUGCCACCAGAAACAAUGCCAACUGCUCACUCCAUGCGCUGUAUGUCAAUACGAUAACAUUAAAUAUAACAGAAAUAAACACUGCGCAUCUUGUUUUACGAGUAUAAUCGUUCAUAAGACCCCAAAAGUGAACAACACAAUGACUUGUCAAGAUGUUCCUCUAGAAAACGAUAUAGGAUGCUACACCGAAUUCCAGUAUCGAUACAGCGACGAUAUUUACCAAAUAGAUUUGUUUGUUAACGAUAAACAUAAUUGUCUACAAAGUUAUUAUAUGUACGGUGGCAUAAUGCUUGUGACCAUGUUAGUGAUAGGUAUUUUAACGCUAAUCGCAUGGAAAGUAUUGACGGACGCCAGGGACCGGCGUGAAUAUGAAAGAUUCUUGGAGGAACACAGGGGUGACACGAGUGGACCAUGUCAAAAUCCUAUUUACGAACCAGCUAGUACAACAUUCCGCAACCCUGCCUUCAGGAAGAAAUCUGUGGACUUCGACUAAAUUUACAGUUGUAGGCAUUCUCAUGUCGAUGGUUGUACGUAACAUUACAUUGAAAAAUAAAUUGUGUUUUGUUUUUUAGUUGCAGUAAGUAAGAUUACUAUUAUCCCGCCCGUUUGUAAAAGUAUAAUAUUAUUUCGUAAAAAUACACACGCACAUAUUAUGUACUAUGUAGUUUCGAACUUACAUCAUUAUUAUGAUAACGUAAAAACAAUACUUAGUAAGUCAAUAUAUAUUUAAAAGCAGUAUUUU